AUCCCUCCUUUCUCCUCCGUCUCUUCUGUCUUGUUCUCUUUCUUUCUCUCUCGUACUCCCUCUCCUAUCCUCCCUGUUUCUGUCGCUCUUACAUACUUCUCUCCCCCUCCUCCUUAUCCUCCUUUUCCUCCUCCACCUCGUCCUCCUCGUCCUCCUUGUUUUCCUCCUCCGUCUUCUCCUUAUACAUAGUAUACUGACUCCGCUAUUUCUAAAAACGUAACGCAAUCGUGGCGACGUAUGCGAGGAGCGCGCCAGAGAAACCACGAGUGAGGAGGCGCGACGUACGAACAGCGAGUUAUAUUAAUUACGAGAUAAUUGUGCGAAAAAUAAGAAAGCAAAGUGAUAUAAUAGUGGAUAACGGAAAAAAUCAGCGUUAACUUUGUGCAAAACCGAACGUGAAAGGAACUGCUGUUGUUUUGGAUCUUAAUCGCAACGUCGUCUGUCGUCUUGCUCGUUUACGUUUAACGAUCACUUUUUCUUUCCGUUUCCCUUUCUUUGCAAUACCUUUUCUUUUUUGUUUUCGUAUCUUUUUCUAUUUUCGCGUGACCGCCAUAGGAGUAAUCAAGUAAUUGCAAUGUGUGAUAAUACUAACACGACGACGCAGAGUAUAGCGGACUACCUGUCACAGUUACUAAAAGAUCGAAAGCAGUUAGCUGCUUUCCCUAAUGUCUUCAUACAUGUAGAGCGCCUACUAGACGAAGAAAUUGCAAAAGUACGGGCGAGUCUUUUCCAGAUUAGUGGCGUGAAAAAAGAGCCGCUAGUUCUACCAGAGCCAGAGGGUGAUAUUACAACGCUUACAGAAAAAGUUUAUGUACCUGUUAAGGAACAUCCAGAUUUUAAUUUUGUUGGAAGAAUUCUCGGACCACGUGGUAUGACAGCCAAACAAUUAGAACAAGAAACAGGCUGUAAAAUUAUGGUUAGGGGAAAAGGUUCUAUGAGGGACAAAAAGAAGGAAGAGUUAAACCGAGGUAAACCAAACUGGGAGCAUCUGACAGAUGAACUGCAUGUUUUAUUGACAGUUGAAGAUACUGAAAAUCGUGCCACUUUGAAACUUGCCAGAGCUGUAGAAGAAGUCAAGAAACUUCUUGUUCCCGUGCAGGCUGAUGGAGAAGAUGAGUUAAAGAAGCGGCAACUAAUGGAACUUGCUAUUAUCAAUGGCACCUAUCGGGAUUCUAACACGAAAGUUGCUGCAGCUACAGCUUGCGACGAAGAAUGGAGACGCGUUGCAGCAGCAGCGGCAGAAACACAGCGGCUUCUACCAGGCUUGGCCACACCUAUGAGGACGCCUAGCGCUCCGUUGGGAGCACCGUUAAUACUCUCGCCACGGAUAUCCGUCCCAACCACCGCGGCAUCUCUUUUGAAUGGUUCAGGUCCACCAGGAUCUUUACUUUCUGCUGGUGAUCCUCAUGGGUUAAUUUACACUCCAUAUGCCGAUUACGCCAACUAUGCAGCCUUGGCAGCCUCACCUCUCCUCGAUUACACCACUGCUGAUAAUUCUGGUGCAGCAGCCGCUGCGAAACAACGUAGACACUUGGGUCAGAUUCGCGAACACCCUUAUCAAAGGGCUGGUGCUUUGUCGUGAAUCCGGAGAGCGCACUCGCAAUACUAUACGCGCCUCCGAGAAAAGGCUUGGAGUGCUAACAAUGGAAUCCACUCGCCCCGUGCUAACACCUGGACUCUGGAACAACAUCCGCGUUCGAUCGGUUCACCAACCAGAUGACCACCUUCGCCGUUCGCAUCACCAGCCCUGUUGUUCGUCAAGUUUAUCCAUCCUGUAUCCUCUUCGUAUCUUUAAAUUGUAUAGCCUUGUUUAAAUUGCUUUCCUCGUUCCGUUAGCGUUCACUUUUACUGACGUUUCCAACGUUAGACAGGUAAUUAAGCCUCUGAUUGUUAGUUACUUACCGGGCAAGAAGGGAUUUUGCUUCAGCAAAAAACAAUUUAAUAGUAUAUUGCCGGAAUAGUCAUGAUUAAAUACAUCUUAAUUUCUCCAACGAGGACGUACAGUAAUUUUACGAUAUUUUCCGUUUCGACGUAACAAAUUGAAAUUGUUCUUUCAAUUCUAUUGCGUCGUGAUUUGAAUGAAUUGCCGUUAGAAAAUUAACACGAUACCAUACUUUAUUAUUAAUUUUCUUGUUUUUCAACUUGUAACUACUUUACUAAAUACGGAACUUACUCUUAUCUGUAAUAUCUAUUAUCAGAAUAUUAUUAUCUUCUGUCAGUUUGCUUAAACGUCGGGUAGUCUUGACAUAAUGGUGAAACAGUUCGUUUUCUCACGUUGAACUACUAACUUAUUUAUUUUAAGUUACUAAAUUUCAAAUAAACUUCUCCUUACAAAAUGUUUCAUAAGGCGUGAUAUAACUAGAAAAUAAUGGAUUUUUAAGAAAAUGAUUUCAAGUCUUCAUUUACAAUUAUUAUUCACUGAAUGAUCUAUCAAAAGAUUGCAUGUAUAUGCAUGAUUUAUGAAUUAUAUUGUUCAUUCAAUAUAAAAAAAUUCCCAAAGCGUGUAAUACUAUGAUCAACUUCUGACAUGCCUAAUAUGAAACAAUAUUAGUUUUUAUUAUUUUUUUUGGAUAUCGUUCCAUUUUUUUAUUGCUCUUUCUUUCUUGAUUUAAUUUAAAUUCAGUAUUCCUAAAAAUCAUUCUGUUAUAAGUAACAUCAGUACUUGUACAUACUUCUGCUACAUGUAUGUAUGAUUAUUGAAAUUCGAAUUUUUGAUAAUAUAUAUCAUGAAACAUUCAUACAAGAAACAGAAUUACUAAUUUUUUUUUAAGAAUUAUAACUUUUGUUUUAAGAAUUAUAACUUUUGAUUCUACUAUAUAUACAUAUAGUACUUCCAUCUGGAUAAUACUUUAAGGAUACUUGACUAAAUAUUACUUUAAUUAAUAUUAGCGAAAUAUUAAAUUUUCACCAAUAUAUGUAUGUUAUAUUCAUGAUAACAUUUAAUACAUUUAUAAUCGAAUAAGAUACAUAUAACAUUGAUAACUUCAUGAUCCAAUCCAGUAAAAGCAAUUAUUUCAUUACAUACCUAACAUUACAUCUAUGUGUAUGUAACUAUAGGUAGAAAAUACUUACAAUUUUUUGGAAAUUAUUUUUCAAAUUUAUUUAUACGUAAUACGAGAAUCUCAUUUUUCUGUUAUAUCACACCUCUUAAUCUACCUGUUAUAUCACAGAUGACCUGUAUAUUAAAAAUUUAUUUUAAGUGAUAUACAUUUUUCUAUUUAGAACAGAUUAUCGCAGAUUAUAAAAUGAAGUUUUCUGCAUAAUAAUUAUAUCAAUUUUUCAGUACUUACAUCCGUAUUAAAUCAAUAAAAUGAAUAGGGAGAAAAAAAGGGGCUAAAAAUUUAAAUAAUGUUAUAUAUUUUAGAUAAUAAUAUAUCCACGAGUAAUAAGUGCAAUAUAAAAUCAAAAUUUGUUUUCAUUUUGAGUGAAAUUGAAUCAUUUACUUCAAAAAGAAGAAAACAAUUUGAAAACAAAAAUUUCGAAAUAUUUCUAUUGUAAAGUUAAAUGAGACAGCUAUUUACAGAGAUAUGGUUUUAUACCAAUAAUAGCAUGUUAAAUAAUUGUAAUAUUAAUACAUAGUGAAUCAUAACAUAACAUAAAAAUAAAAAUUUUACAUGUCAAAUUUAAUCAUAAGUAAAAUAUUACUAAAUACUUUCUAUCUGAUUUUUUGAAUUUACAACUCUUAUUAACUUGUUAACUCUAAUUAACUUGAUCAACACUAAGAAAAUCAAAAUAUUUUGGAUAUAUUAAUUAGGUAUUAAGAAUAUAAAAUGUCUCUUUAAAAUAUAUUAGUUUGUUGUGUGGCUAGGAAGAAUCUCCAUUUUUUAACAAAGAUAUAUAUAUAUAUAAUACUUUAUUAUUUUAUGAUUUGAAAAUUCUGUUAUACUAUAUUACGGUGCAAUUGUAAAAUAAUAGAUUUCAAUCAUUUAUGAAUAUUUUCAAUUUUGCAUAUAUCUAGAUAAAUUCACAUAAACAUUUAUUUUUCUUUUUUUUAUAAAUGUAGAUUAGGGAAGAUUGUUUGAAAAAACAAUAUUCCUACAAAUGGUGAGCAAUUUAAUUAAGACAAAGAACAACAUGAAAGUUAUUUAUUACUUUCAUUGUUAUUUGCAAUAUAUCUACAUUUAUAAUGUUAUACAAUGAAGUUAUCUAUAUAGAUGAGAGUGUUUAUAUGUGAGAUUGAUUUAUUUACCAGUCAAUAUAUCAUUUAGAUAUACAAACGAUAUUCUGUUGAUUCUUUAGAUUUGCCAUAUGUACAUGUAAUAGUAGGAGUUUUCUAUCAUGUUCAUUUGUGUAUAUUUGAUGAUCUGUAUAACAUGCUUGUACUUUAAACAAGUAUUUCUCACAUUUUCGAUUAAGGACAGAUAAUUAUUACUUUGUGUAAAUAGAUUAUAUUUCAUGAUCUAAUUGUACUAAGAGUGAUCUGAAUUCUACUUAAGUUUAUAGCUUACAGUAGUAUAUCCACUAUAUUUUAAUACAAUAUGUAACUCAAAAUAAUGAUUCAAAAAAAAGCAUAGAUAUUUUAUAAAAAUAUAUAA